AUGAAUCAAGUGUGGGACGUGGUGAAAUGGGUUGAGACUAAUGCCCAAGAGAUAUGGUAUUUGGAUCGAGCUGGUGAAGUGGGCCGAGACCGGUGCCAAAAAGAUUGGUGUUUGCUAACAUUUGGUGUUAAGGUAGUUGGAGUAAGAGGGAUGGCGAGUGGGAUCCAAAUUAGGGAUAACAUAGGCACUCGAAAACUCAAAGGGAGGUGUAAGCAAUUUGAUGGCCAAACAGUUUAUUAUGAGGAGAUCCGGCUUCUGUGGGAGAUUCUGAAGGGGACUCAGAGAAGUGGAAGGCAGCUUUAUGACAUGCUUUCGCUUCUCACUCUUGCUAUCGCAGUUGGGAUCCAACCCUGGCUGAAGCAAGUCUCAAAGCUGCCUUUCACUUCUUCGGUGGGAAUUCUUAACGGAAUCAAUUACAAAGACUUCACAAUUCGACUUGCGGAUCCUGGUGUUCAGAAGGAUGAUUGCUUCUCCAUCCCUCAAUAUACUUUUAACGAAGAUGAGUACUUAUACACAGAUAAUAUUUAUAGUCCAUAUCAAUUCUCCUUCGAUCAUCAAUUAGCUUUCUUAAAUUGCGCAAAUCCUAUACAGAGUGCAAUUGAUAUUUUGGAUACUUCUUCUUGCAAAAGUGACAGUACUGGAUAUUAUAAUUCUACGUUUAAUGUUACUUCUCCCAUCUCCCACGAUAUGGAAGGUUAUUCCUAUGUCAUUUAUGGUUACUUUAAGUUGCAGAAUUUGCCGGACUUAUGCCGUAUAAAUUUGAUCCAUCCUGUGCCUAGAGAUAUAGAUCCAUUAAUUAAUGAGCCCAAUAUGUCCUAUAUAGAUAUCCAUAAUAUUUUGGUAUAUGGUUUUGAGCUUCAAUGGGUUUCGGUCUGUUGUAAUUUUGGUAAGGAGAACCCCUGCGAUUACUUUAAUGAAACCACCAUGGGCACAUAUUGUUAUGAAUUCUGCACCGGUAAUCCAUUCGGAAUGGUAAUAGGCGAUGUGAUUGCAUAUGUAUACCACAACCUUGGAAGACCGUGUCUGGAAUUCUCCUUUUACACAAGUAAAGGAUUUUUAGUUUUCUAUACAUCUUAUUAG